ACGCUACAGUACACGUGGCAGUAAGCAGCGUAAUGCGUCGGCAUCCCAACGUGCACCUAUAAUACCAAGACGAAGAGCUCAUGACCAGGACAUGAACUGUCAUGGUGAAGUUCGUCAGACCCACCAUCAAGCGUCGCUACGUCUUUGCCGCGCUCAUCGUGUACGGCGUGGUCUACAUGUUGAGCCAGCUACUGUCGCCUCGCGAAGUUGACGGCGACGUCCGGCGUAGGAGCCACGGCUCCUCCGCUGCUCCAACCGUCACGUUCAGGACGUCGAGGCCGGCGGUGGCUCCGCCCGCACAGGCGCAGUUGCCCGUACGCCGAGUUCGCGGUGUGUCACCGGAUGAAGUCAAGCACUACACACCUGGAAAGACCUUCAAGUGCCUACGCAGUUCAGGUGUGAUUGGCUAUGACCAAGUCAACGAUGAUUACUGUGACUGCAAGGACGGCUCGGACGAACCGGGCACGAGUGCUUGCCCCAACGGAAGGUUCUACUGUGAGCGGCACAGCGCACGCAGUCCCAAGUACAUUCUCUCCAUGCGUGUCAACGACGGCAUCUGUGAUUGCUGCGACGGCAGUGACGAGUGGAGUGGCGCUUCUCUCCCGUCCAACCUGCUGCUGUCUGACGAGCAACAAGCCCGGGCGGGGGUGUUCCAAGCACCGUGCAAGGGCAAAAUGAAAAGCUGGAGCAAUCAGCCCAAAUGACUUCUCUUUGAAAGGUGCAAAAACGUGAGAAAGGAAGUGGCAGAAUAAAAGAAACAAAUCUAGAUGUUCAUCCCAUUUCGU